AGCGGCAUCAUGGAGCUGCUGGUGCGGCGAACCCGGGCCGCCUUCCAGAGCGGCCGCUCGCGGCCACUGGCCUUCCGCCUGCAGCAGCUCCGAGCCCUGCAGAAGAUGGUGCAGGAGUGCCAAAAGGAGAUCGUGGCGGCGCUGACUGAAGACCUGCACAAGAGUGAAUUCAACGCAUAUAGUCAAGAAGUUAUUACUGUUCUUGGGGAGCUUGACCAUGUGUUGGAGAAACUUCCUGAAUGGGUUGCCCCAGAGGCAGCUAAGAAGAAUCUCCUGACAAUGAUGGAUGAGGCCUAUGUCCACUCAGAGCCUCUUGGAGUAGUCUUGAUUAUUGGGGCUUGGAAUUAUCCUUUUGUCCUAAAUAUCCAGCCGCUAAUAGGAGCCAUUGCAGCAGGAAAUGCUGUCAUAGUUAAGCCAUCAGAAUUAAGUGAAAGGACAGCCACGCUCUUGGCCAAGAUACUCCCUCAGUAUUUAGAUAAGGAGCUAUAUUGUAUUGUUAAUGGUGGCAUUAAGGAGACCACAGAACUUCUGAAGCAAAGAUUUGACCAUAUUCUCUAUACUGGAAGUUCUGGAGUUGGAAGGAUUGUCAUGGAAGCUGCUGCCAAACAUUUGACCCCUGUGACUCUGGAGCUCGGAGGGAAGAGUCCAUGUUACGUCGAUAAAGAUUGUAAUCUUGAUGUUGCUUGCAGACGGAUCACCUGGGGGAAGUAUAUGAAUUGUGGCCAAACCUGCAUUGCUCCAGACUACAUUCUUUGUGAGCCAUCCAUCCAGAGUCAAAUAGUGGAAAAGAUCAAGGAAACUGUGAAGGAAUUCUAUGGUGAAGAAAUAAUAAAGUCUCCUGAUUACGAAAGGAUCAUCAAUCUCCGUCAUUUUAAAAGGGUGACCAAUUUACUUGAAGGACAAAAGAUAGCUUUUGGAGGGGAAAUGGAUGAGGCUACGCGAUACCUAGCCCCGACUAUCCUUACUGAUGUCAAUCCCAACUCCAAGGUGAUGCAAGAAGAGAUCUUUGGUCCUGUGCUUCCAAUUGUGCCUGUGAAAAGUGCAGAUGAAGCAAUAGAGUUCAUAAACCAGCGAGAAAAGCCCCUGGCCCUGUAUGUGUUUUCUAAUAAUAAUAAGCUGAUUAAAAGAAUGAUAGAAGAAACCUCCAGUGGUGGAGUUACUGGCAAUGAUGUCAUCAUGCAUUUCACCCUCAACUCUUUGCCUUUUGGAGGAGUUGGUAACAGUGGAAUGGGUGCAUAUCAUGGAAAGCACAGCUUUGAUACCUUCUCCCAUCGUCGAUCAUGCCUGAUAAAGAGUUUAAAGAUGGAAGGUGCCAACAAGCUCCGAUACCCACCAAAUAGCCAGUCCAAGGUAGACUGGACAAACUUCUUCAUCUUAAAACGCUUCAACAAAGGCAGAAUUGGCCUUUUCUUAAUGGCUUUUCUGGGAGUCCUGGUAGCCAUAACUAUUAAAAAAUACCAAGCUGUGCUGAGAAGAAAGGCUCUGUUGGUUUUUCUGGUAAUUCACAGACUUCAUUGGUCCAAUAAACAGUGAGGAACAGCGGAUUUCCAAAGACAGCACUAUCUGUUAAAGCGAGUUGCAAUACUUCUAAAGAUGUCUUCAGUUCAACGUGCAAAUUGUCUUUACUGGACUUCUGCUUUUGUUACCCGAUUCAUGAACAAAUUGAUUCCUGUUAACCAUAUUAAUAUAAAAGUGCAAAGAUUAACUUUAAAGGAGGCUGCUAUUUACUCUUCUAAAAACCUGCCAUUACCUUUACAUCUCCUACUGCUUUUAGCCACAGGGCCAUUUGAAGUGAAUGUUCCAGAUUGAGUUUGUUAUAGAUUGAGGAGAAAGAGAUGCUUUAGGUAGGACUUUAUGGUUCCUGGCCACCUCCUUCCCUUAGCCCUGCACUCUCCCACAGGCUUCCUUGGAACAUAAUGGGGCAGGGUGUAGGCAGGGCCCUUGAAAGAGUUCCUUAGUUACUGAGAGCCCCCAUGGCCCUGGAGGCCUUUAGGAUGGGUGUGGAGACUGAUCUUCCGUGUAUCUAGGAAGAGAAACAAUAUUAGAUCUGUGCCUUGUAUUCCCCAUGAUACCAGGGGCACAGAGUCUGCCCAUGUGUCUGAGGGAAUUAGAACUGCAGCCAUUAGAGAGGCCCAGGGAUGGGCUGGGAACUUUUCAACUUGACCAUAUCAAAGAAUUCAUUCCCGUCCCAUUUGUGGACCCAGGUAUCCCUCACGAGGUAAGCGGCUAGGUUUAUUCGCAGUUAAGGUCUUAGGCAGGAUGCUGGCCAUCGAGGUCGUGUUUUGUGUUUCGUGCCGGCUCACUCCAGAGUCAGUUCACGUGCCUUCCCGGAGGCGGCCAGCUCCCAGAGAGGGGCCCCUCCACACCAUGUGGGGGCAGCUUUUACAUAAUGAUCCUGCCCUUUGGAGGCCUGAGCUUAGCUGCUGGUUAGGCUAUUCAGAAAGCCGACUUCGCUCAGCUUCAGACCCCCAAAGUUUGUGUUGGUGAACAGAAGUUUGUUUGCCAGAAGGACAAACCAAGACAAGUUUAAUCCCUAUUUCCAAAUGAUGUAUGCCAAAAUGCCAGCAACUUAUGCUUUGUAAUGUUUUAAAGCCAGAUUUGCAACUUUCUAGUUAGUUCCAAAUGCAGAAUUUGAGGAAAGUAGGUCGGUAGGUACCAACUCAUUUUACGAGGCUCGCAUGCUUCGAGCAGAAAGAAUGUUCCGGCGGGAGGACACCAUGUUGACGACGGCUGCGGCCAGACAGGCAUUUAGGGUUAGAGGGUGCCAGCUCUGUUGGACACCAUCAGUAAUCGGCCCAGUCAGAUGAGGAGAGAAUUCAGCAACCAGGAAGGUAAAAUCUGAAUCCACAGUGUGGGUCGAGGGUUUAUGUGUGUGAUCAGGAGAUGAAGGGAGACCCGGGGCUCAGCAGGACCAGCCAGGCCGAUGCUGGCUCUGCAUCUGCCCAUGUAGCGUGCGGUGGAGGCGUGCCAGACACGGCAGGCACAGCCUGGUGACGUGGGACUAGCCAUGUGCCGAGGCCCUCACAGCCUUAAAAUUGUUAACUAAACUUAUCGAGGAGUCUUUCCCCCUCUGAAUACAUCUUCCAGUUUAAAAUAUUAAAUUGAUGGUGGUCUCUGGGGAGGAAUGACAUUUCCCUUCGAGGCCUACUUCAUUGACAGCUUUGCUGAAGGAGUCUGUUCAGGGGUGGGUAUAACAUGCUGGUAGAGCUUCAUGUGCUACGAGUAAUCAUUAGCUUGUUUUAAGGAACAGAAUUGGUUGCUAAAUGAUGACUUUUAGCCAUUAUAGUCAAUUACCUUAAAAUGGUAGACAUGGAAUUGAAAAUGGUUUUGACUUACAUUUCAAAAUUAUGUAUCACAUUUGCC